AUGGGGGACAACGUCAAUUCGACAUCGUUCGCGUCCAUCCUGGCGGGUGUCAGGAAGCUGAGACAAGAUGCUGAAGGUGGAGAGCCGCCCGCUCCCGAGACUUCGAGUGUCUCAAGUUCAAGUGUCUCAAGAGAUUCUACUAAAGAAGCCCCACAACCGAUCAGUUCGGACCCUGCAAACGUCAGGUUACAGCCACAGAGGAUAAUAUCGAACCGGAUGGGACCUGCCUCGAAUAUGGCGGUGCGACACGGUGAAAAUGCCCGUACUCGUGAGUUCAGCACAAUCCAGGUGAGCAAGCACCAGCGAGGAAACCCGAUGUUGGACCAUCUGCGCGACGUCGGCUGGACAUACAACGAGUCAGUCAAGAAAGUUGAUUAUCUCGUGAAUUCAAAGCUAGUGGUAAUCUAUCUGAGUUUGAAGUACCACAAACUGCACCCGGAAUACAUCUAUAACAAGAUCAAGGGUCUCGGGUCUACUGGAAACACCCAAGCUCUCAAAGUGUUACUAGUUGUUGUGGAUAUCGAAAAUACGAACGACAUAGUUCGUGAGCUAAACAAAGUGUGUUUGUUCAAUGAUUUGUCGCUUUUACUGGCUUGGUCGAACGAGGAGGCCAGUCGGUUUUUAACGUUUCUCAAAAUGCACGAGUUUAACAUACACACCUCGACGAUCAGGGGAAACACGUCGAAGGAUCAGUUCGAAUCGCUUUCAAGUAUACGAACAAUCAACAAGACUAACUCGAAGGACUUGCUGAGGAAAUAUGGAAGUUUGCAGAAUUUAAUGGUACAUGCUACGGAUGAAGAGGAACUGGGAGCUAUCUCUGGUAUGGGACAGGUGAAGGUAAAGAAGCUUUUGCGAGUUCUGGAUGAGCCCUUUAUAUACAAUUUGGAUUAUGACAAGUUGAGCCAUGGAUGA